AUGACGGGCCGCGUGUGCCGCGGCUGUGGCGGCACCGACAUCGAGCUGGACGCGGCGCGCGGCGACGCCGUGUGCACUGGCUGCGGCUCGGUGCUCGAGGACAACAUCAUCGUGUCCGAAGUGCAGUUCGUGGAGAACAGCGGCGGCGGCUCGUCGGCGGUGGGCCAGUUCGUGUCGCUGGACGGUGCUGGCAAAACCCCAACCCUGGGCGGUGGCUUCCACGUGAACCUUGGAAAGGAGUCCAGAGCACAGACCCUGCAGAAUGGGCGGCGCCAGAUCCACCACCUGGGGAGCCAGCUGCAGCUGAACCAGCACUGCCUGGACACGGCCUUCAACUUCUUCAAGAUGGCCGUGAGCAAGCACCUGACCCGCGGCCGGAAGAUGGCCCACGUGAUCGCCGCCUGCCUCUACCUCGUGUGCCGCACGGAGGGCACGCCACACAUGCUCCUCGACCUCAGCGACCUGCUCCAGGUGAACGUGUACGUGCUGGGGAAGACGUUCCUCCUCUUGGCAAGAGAGCUCUGCAUCAACGCGCCGGCGAUAGACCCAUGCCUGUAUAUCCCACGCUUUGCCCACCUGCUGGAGUUUGGCGAGAAGAACCACGAAGUGUCCAUGACAGCCCUGAGGCUCCUGCAGAGGAUGAAGAGGGACUGGAUGCACACAGGCCGGCGCCCCUCGGGCCUCUGCGGGGCAGCACUUCUGGUCGCAGCCAGGAUGCAUGAUUUCCGGAGAACCGUCAAGGAGGUCAUCCGCGUGGUCAAGGUGUGCGAGUCCACGCUGAGGAAGAGGCUCACAGAAUUUGAAGACACUCCUACCAGUCAGCUGACUGUGGAUGAGUUCAUGAAGAUUGACUUGGAGGAGGAGUGUGACCCCCCGUCGUACACGGCUGGCCAGCGGAAGCUGCGGAUGAAGCAGCUUGAACAAGUCCUGUCGAGAAAGCUGGAGGAAGUUGAAGGUGAGAUAUCCGGCUACCAGGAUGCGAUCGAGACUGAGCUCGAAAACAGCCGGCCGAAGGCCAAGGGCGCCCUGGCCUGCCUGGCGAGAGAUGGCUCCAUCGAGGACAGCACGGCUAGCUUGUUCGGUGAGGAGGACGCGGAGGACGAGGAGCUGGAGGCCGCUGCCAGCCACCUGAACAAGGACUUCUACCAGGAGCUGCUCGGCAGCGGUGCUCCCGACAGCUCGGAGGCUUCGGGCGGCCCCGACGGGAGCAGCAGGCCCCCGGCGCUGGAGUCCCUGCUCGGGCCCCUGCCCACGGCGGCCAGCCUGGGCAUCUCAGACUCCAUCCGAGAGUGCAUCUCCUCGCAGAACCAGGAGCCCAAAGAUGCUUCUGGGGAUGGUGAGCUGGACCUCAGCGGCAUUGACGACCUGGAGAUCGACAGGUACAUCCUGAACGAGGCGGAGGCCCGUGUGAAGGCCGAGCUGUGGAUGCGGGAGAAUGCCGAGUACCUGCGGGAGCAGAGGGAGAAGGAAGCCCGAAUCGCCAAGGAGAAGGAACUAGGGAUCUACAAGGAGCAGAAGCCCAAGAAGUCCUGCAAACGCAAGGAGCCGAUCCAGGCCAGCACAGCCGGGGAGGCCAUCGAGAAGAUGCUCGAGCAGAAGAGGAUCUCCAGCAAGAUCAACUACAGCGUGCUCAAGGGCCUGGACAGCGCGGGGGCGGGCAGCACGCCGCGGCAGGACAUGCCGCCCGAGGACAGGGCCGGCGCCAGGAAGCUGCCACGGAGGAAGAAGCCCACCAGCAGGGGUGGGGCCGACCCCGUGACCAUCGUGGGGAAAAGGUGGAGGCCAACGGUGUCCACACAGCCGGCUAAGAAGGCGACCACGGGACAGACCCUGCUCCCGAGCCCCCCCGCCCUGGGGUCUGAGCCUGUAAAACCCUCAGCGGUGGUGGUGGAGAGCGGACCUGUGUCGUACCACCCCGAGGAGGAGGCCGAUGAGGAGGACCCUGACGAGGAGGAUGGGGAGCCCUGCGUCAGUGCCCUGCAGAUGAUGGGUGGCGACGAUUACGGCUGCGACGGCGACGACGACGAUGGCUACUGAGGUGUGAUCUCGCAGCGGCAGCACCCCACGGUGGACCCGCUAGUGUCUGAUGGACCGGACCGGGUCUGGGGCGCAGGCCCACAGGUGUGAGCGCGGAGACUCGCAACAAGAGGCGCUGCCCUGCCUGCUCCGCAGCCUGUCUCACGGCCACGUGUGGCAUCCGUGGCAUUUGCUGCUGGCACCAUGUCUUGAGCAAUGUAAGGCGUGUUUCUGUCCAGCUCAGGGAACUGGACCGAUGCCUGCGUGUGAGAGGUCAGACGUGGGUCUCAUGGCCCAAGAACCUCUGCAGGCGUGACUGUCAUGUCUCCUGUAAGGAAACAGGCUCAGGAGGCCCAGCUGCCUGUCCAAGUGAGUGGAGGGCUGGGUGGGCUCUGGGGCUGUGCUGUCCGCCCUGCGUGGAGCCGGGUGCCCUGUGCCCUCUCGUCCUUGUGUCACCGAGCACUGUGGCCAGCCCUCCCGUGCUGGUCCUGAGCUGGUCCUGUGCUGCCAACUGCAGUCCUCAGCCAGAUCCCGGUCUCCCUCCCGCUGCCUGGCCCUGGGCCCACGCGGAGCUGAACCCACGAGCCCACAGGGCCUGCCCAGGAGAGUGGUGGGCACUGCUGUCUGAGCUGGGACCUGGUUCAGCACCCUCGAGAAGGAAUGAGGGCAAGGUCCCCAAGCCUGGCCGCCCUGGUCUAGAGAGUUUCCACCACCCUGAACUGCCCCGGGGGCCGGGCUUCAGCGUGGGAAGGCCCGAGACUAUUGUCAGGGUCUCAGCUCUGGCUUCGCUGCUCUGAGUGUGCCCUCGACCAGGCUGCCCCCGAGGAGAGGAUGAGUUUGGCGGUAGACCACCCACACUGCCUUCCGCGGCCAGCACUCGUCUCCUGGGCUGGACUGUGCUGGGCCCUCCCGGAGUGCAGCAGAGUUGUAGGUCAGGACUUGGAGCCCAUGUGUCUGUGCCCCUCUGCCGGCUGGCACCCUGGCCUUCUGGAAGGUGGGUGGAGGCUGAGUUCUGAGGAGAGGAAGAUGUUACUCCAGCAGAAACCCACUGAGACCGUGGCCUGUGAUUAUACGUGUCCAGAGGGACAUGGCCUGAGGGAGGCUGGAGGGGCCGGUGGGGCUGGGACACCCCGUACUGGAAAGGUGUUCUGGGGCAGGCAGCUGGGCCCUGAGGGUGAGGUGGGGAGCAAAAUCCGCAGGGACCUGCACAAAAGGAUAUGGAGCCACGUGCUUUGGUGGUGGGUGACUGACCUGCAAUGGGCAAAGUCCCAGGUGAGCAGCCAGCAGCUGGCAGGGUUGCAGUGGACUGGACAGUGCCCCAUGUGCAGGUCCCCACUGCCCCACGUGUGGCCUGAAGGGGACAGCUUGCGUACUCUGUCCACAUCUGCGUGCCGCCCUCCCAGCUCCCAGGUGACCUGUCCUCAGGCCAGGGUGUGGGGUGGGAGGAAGCGGGGUGGUCCCCAGCUCUCACAUGCUGUCUGCACAUCUGCCCUAAAGCCAGGCCCCUCCAGCUGCUCUUCCGAGCACCCUCCUUUGGGGGAUGGCACAGACACCCCCAUCUACAGCCCUGCUGGUGGGCCCCAGGAAGGCAGCAGGGCUCGGAGGGGCGGGGCCUGGAGCCUUCCUGUCCCUUGCUGAGCAGGGCCACCGCUCUAACACCCACGGUCGCUGUCAGAACACGUGCUGGAGGUCACUCACAGGCUCCCCCUUGGCUCUUGGCAGGUCUCAGGUGAGGCCAAUGGCUCGGGAGUGAGUGGCCACCCCAGCUCACCUAGCUGGGCCCAUGCCUGGCUGCUCCUGCUACGGCCCCCGCCCCCAGCAGCCCUCACAAGACCCACGGUGGUUUCUGGACUGGUCUCCAGGCCAGCCGCAGGGCUGAUGGCCACCCGUGCUGCCGCGACCGCCUGAGGGCCUCAGAGGAGGACGGGUGCUGGCAGCUCUGAGGGCCAAGUCCACUGAAGCCUCUGCCCUCGGAGCCCAGCCCUAGUGCCUGCGAGCCUGCCUGCCUGCCGUCCUCUGUCCAGCCUUCUCGAGACCAGGCCACCGCCCCUCGCCCUGCCCCCUUGAACUGCAGGCCGAGGCACCGACCCCGCGGCUGCACCUCCUCCAGGCCCCGUUUCUCCCUAGUGCUGUCAGGUGGGCAAAGGCUGGGUCCAGGUGGGCCGGUGACAGGUCCAACCCCGGGCUGUUGCGUGGAGAGGGGCCAGCGGGCUGGGUCCGGGAGUGAGGGCUCUUGUCACUGGCCGGGGCCUGGAUGUUCUGCCAGGGUCAGGACCAGCUGGGCCUGCUGCCCACUCUGCCAUUGAGGGGCUUGGAUGCUGG